GGAAUUUCAGAGUGAUUUCUAAAUAUACAAAUGGAGAGUAUCCACAAAGUUACUACGAUGAUGAGAGAGGCUUUCUGUUUGGGAGCCCAGUGUGUGUGGAAAAAUCACUCAUAUUCAGAAGUAACACCCCUUAUCCUACUGAUACCGUUGCUGUCCCUGGUGGACAUGAUCUGCUGUUCUGUGUGCAGCUGAAUGAUUCAAAGCUGAACUAUUUCCAACAGCCACAGGGUAUCAAAGAAUCUGAUUUUUGGAAGUUCUCAGAGAAGUAUGGCAAACACUCUGCCCGCCCGCCAUUCUCUGCCUUUUAUCGGGCUGGUGAUCCAAUCCUAAUCUACUUUGAUACAUCAUCUGUACUGAGCACGCUUAGACAGCCAGUAAAAAUGGGAGCCAGUGGACUUUGUGUUGAUGGAAAUCCUGCCGGCUUCCUGGACAGUAAAAGCACAAGCUGUACUCGGAUUUUUGCCAGCUUGAGCAAGAGCUGCAUUACUGACCCUGCCCUCAAUGCUGCCUCCUACUACCGUGACUUCACUGUGCUAAAGGUCCCAAUUAAUGACACCAUUGUGCAGUCCAUGAAGGUAAAGGUCACUGCAGUCGCACCGCCUGGAGCUCCCCACAUGAAAGACAACACAUGUAACAGCGUUGUCUCUGAGGUGAUCUACGAGAUAGAAUUCAGUGGCACACAUGGGAUACAGAGUGUUUCUGUCCGGUUCAAAGUGAGCAACAUCUCUGGGAACUUGGGAUCCUCUCUGCAGCAGCGCUUCACACUGCAGUUCUGGACCAGGACUCUUCCUCAUAUGUUGCCUAGAAGUGGAAACCCUGGCUAUAUCACUGGAGCACCACUGUUGAUUGCAAACAAUGGUGCCAUGCAGCAUAUGAGCAUUUUACAGAGCGAAAGUGAUGGAAGUUGCUCACAAUUCCUCAGACACACAGUACAAUUUGGAAGAAAUAUGAGGUCAGGCUGCAAGCUCAGCCUAUCCCCAAUACUGGAAGAAAGUAACUGUAGUUACAUCCAACAGAAGUUAUACAAGGCUCUUCAGGGGAUGAACAGAGCAGAGGACCUUGCUAUAACUGGCAGUGCUCAUUCAACCCAGGCAGAAGCAUGGAUGACCAUUCUGAUUCAGAACUGCAGUGUGCAGGCUGUGAAUUGCACUUCCUGUUGCACGGUUCCUGUGACCCUGGAGAUACAGAUAUUGUGGACUAAGGUGGGCCUCCUGUCCAACCCACAAGCUCAAAUACUGGGUGCACGGUACUUUUAUCAGUGUCACCCUCUGAAGUUCCUAAGCACAAGCACAGUACCUUUGACAACUGUCGUUACCUUCACUGACAUGACAGAAUGGCCAGAACCUCCACGAGGCCAGCCACAAAUGCACUGGAAACUCCCAUUUGACAUCUUUUACCCAUUCAAGGUGGCACUGAAGUUGGAAAGAAGUUAUCAAGGUGAUCUGGCUGGCUAUUUUUUCUUGAUUCUAAUAAUAUCUAGUAUUCUCUGCUUUUGA